AUGGCAGUCGUAGUCAACCUACUGGAUGACCAGAUACAUGAACUUAUCUUCCUUGAGAAGUCCUGCAAUUUCUCUCUCAUCCAGAAACUGAUCCCUCUCAAGAAGGGGAAAAGAGAACUGAAAAUUGACAAGACUAUGAAAACCAUCUUGGUCUGCCUCCUUGUUCUUGCUGUUAGUGUGCCACUGUCCAAUGCUGCUUGCUUCUUGCAGCCAUUGGAGCCAGGAGAGACUGAUGGUAAGAUCAUAGGCUGCCGUGACGCAGGUGGAGAGCUGCACAAAUUUGGUUCCAGCUGGAGAGAUGCAGACUGCAAUGAUUGCACCUGUGACAAGAUCGGAAUGAACUGCUGCUCCAGCUAUGCAACACCAGUUGACUAUGAUACAGAGAAGUGUGAAAGCAUUUUCAACCCAGAGGCCUGCACUUAUAAAGUAGUGGAGAAAGAUGAUCACUCAAAAGAAUGCCCAGUCCACGGCUGGGUGGGUUAA